AUGCAGCCCGGUAUCCAGAUCACCCAGCAGCCACCUGCUGCAGUGUCACAGCAGGAGAAGCCCGACAUCGCAAAGAACGUGCAGCCACAGAGUACGCAGCAGCACCCCGUGAUCGCAGAGACGCAGCAAGAGAAGCCCGACAUCGCAGAGAACUUGCAGCCGCAGAGUACGCAGCAGGAGAAGCCCGACAUUGCACAGAACUUGCAGCCACAGAGUACGCAGCAGGAGGUGUCCGUCGAUGUUGCACAGAACCCGCAGGUGUCGCCAGCUACUGCAGAUCCCAAUCAACUGCUGGCAUUGCAACUCGCACAGCUUAUGCAGGGCUUAACGAUGAAUUCCCAGGGGCCCAGCGAAACACGAAGCAAGCUCCUUCGUCCGGGCACUGUGGACUUCACUGCUGCUGCUACGGCCUUCAUGAAUGUCGUGACUGCAGCCGGGAGUGGAUCGGGAUCGGUGCAAUCAGCAUCCGGAGUGGCACCCGGAGAGCAAGUUCGUGCAGUGGAGCCGGCCCAGAAGCAGGAGGCCAAGCAGGAGUUGCAGGGUGGCCAAGGUGCUGGCGAGUCUUCGGUAUCCGACGAGGAGUUGGAAGAAAUGGAGAAGCAAGUCCAGGAACAUCGAUUGAAACAGUCUAGACCACAUACCCCUAAUAAUCCAAACAGCCCAGAACGGCCAAUUUGA